AUGGCAUCCAAAUCAAGACCUAGAACAUUAAGUGUGUAUCUUUACAUCCCCAACAUCAUUGGAUACAUAAGAGUUCUGAUGAAUUGCUUUGCCUUUGCUAUAUGCUUUUCCAAUAAAGAGCUUUUUUCAAUCCUGUAUUUCAUAAGCUUUGUUUGUGAUGCCUUGGAUGGUUGGUUUGCACGCAAAUUCAAUCAAGUUUCAACAUUUGGAGCUGUUCUGGAUAUGGUCACAGAUAGGAUAAGCACUGCAUGUCUUCUGGCUAUUCUCUCUCAAGUCUACAGGCCUAGCUUUGUUUUCUUGUCUUUGCUUGCUUUGGAUAUUGCCAGCCACUGGUUGCAAAUGUACAGUACAUUCUUGGUUGGAAAAUCUAAUCAUAAAGAUGUGAAAGACAGCACCAGUUGGUUAUUUAAGUUAUACUAUGGAAACAGGAUGUUCAUGGGAUACUGCUGCAUAGCUUGUGAGGUUCUUUACAUAACUUUGUUUCUUCUUGCAAAGGAGUCAGAAAAGAUAACUGAUGUUUUGCUUGGUGCUGCACAACAAAGUUUGAUAAAUUCUGCAUUACUUGCUUUUCUUGUAUUUGGUUGGGCAACCAAGCAGUUAGUCAAUAUUAUACAGAUGAAGACAGCAGCAGAUUUAUGCGUGCUAUAUGACCUCAACAAAAAGCACAAUGCGUAGUGAGAGUGAAUAGGGGUUUGAAGUUUGAUAAUGGAUGAUAUGUAUCUCUCUCUCUCUUUCUUUCUUUCUUUUUUUUCAUUGAAGAAGCUGUGCAUGAAUGAUGAAAAUGGUAAAACUACUGAUUGGCAGCAUAGAAUCUUGUGUAUACAAUACAUUCCUCUUCUCUUCUCUUUGUACUCCUCACUUUUUUAACAUGUUUUCUUUAUCAUGGGGGAAUUUCAAUUUAUACGACAAUCUUGAAUCAUCUCAUGUUGGUGUAUCUUGUUCAAUUGCAUUUCUAAAAUUUCC